AUGAACGCAGUGAAGUGUGGUGGUGGUGGUGAUCAUGUUAGCGAUCGUAGAAGUGGGGUGGUGCUCAGUGGCGCAGUGGUGUAUGCGGAGCGUGAUAUAUUGACGUUCACGGAUAAUCCGUUUGUGGUGUCGUUUUAUGGGUCGUUCGAGACUCGUCACCAUUUGUGUAUGUUGAUGGAGUACGUGGAGGGAGGCGAUUGCGCUGCG